ACCCCUCACCCCUGCACGCUCUUGUCUCCUCCACCCUCCCCUCCCCCUCCCGCACCAAGAAGAGGGAGGGAGGGUCUCCGCGAGAGCACCUGCGCGGCCGGCAAUGGCCUCCGCCCGCCUCGUAGCCCUCGCGGCAUUGGCAGUCGUGUGCCGCUCUCUGCUGGGCCUGGCCUCCGCGGCGGACGACGGAGAGGUGCGGGCGCUGCUGGAGCUCAAGGCGGCGCUGGACCCGACGGGGCGCCUGCUGCCGUCGUGGGCGCCCGGGCGGGACCCUUGUGCCCGGGGCGGGUUCGAGGGCGUUGCGUGCGACGGCAGCGGCGCCGUCGCCAACGUCUCGCUGCAGGGGAAGGGCCUGGCCGGGACGCUCUCCCCGGCCGUCGCCGGCCUCCGCGCGCUCACCGGCCUGUACCUCCACUACAACGCGCUCCGCGGCGGCGUGCCCCGGGAGCUCGCCAGGCUCACACGGCUCACCGAUGUCUACCUCAACGUCAACAACUUGUCCGGGCCCAUCCCGGCCGAGAUCGGCGCCAUGGCCUCGCUGCAAGUGCUGCAGCUGUGCUACAAUCAGCUGACCGGGAGCAUCCCCACGCAGCUGGGGCUACCGAACAGGCUCACCGUGUUGGCUCUGCAGUCCAACCACCUGAACGGCGCCAUCCCUGCCAGCCUCGGCGACCUGCCGGAGCUGAGGCGGCUGGACUUGAGCUUCAACCACCUCUUCGGCUCCAUCCCAGUGAGGCUGGCCAGGCUGCCUCAGCUCGCCGCUCUCGAUGUUAGGAACAACUCGCUCACCGGCAGCGUGCCCUCCGAACUGGCCAAGCUGGAGGGUGGAUUCCAGUACGGGAACAACAGUGAUCUGUGCGGCACCGGGCUCCCCGAUCUCCGUCCGUGCACUCCGGCGGACCUCAUCGACCCCGACAGGCCCCAGCCGUUCAGCGCUGGUAUCGCGCCGCAGAUCACGCCGGACGGGGCCCGCGGGCAUUGCAGCGGCACCCACUGCCCCCCUUCCACCAAGGCGCUCGCGGCCGUCGUCGUUGUAGCGGUGAUCCUUCUGGCGGCGACAGCGGCCGGUCUCUUGGCCUUCUCGUGGCACAGGUGGCGCAAGCAGAGGACGGCCGCAGGCGCACCUCCGAUGACCACCGUGGGCGGCCGGUGCAGCACCGAGGGCGAGGCGAACAAGGAAUCGUUCUGCAAGAGCGCGUCGUCAACGCUGGUGAGUCUGGAGUACUCCAACGGCUGGGACCCGCUGGCCGACGGGCGGAGCGGCGUCGGGUUCUCGCAUGAGGUGUCCCCGAGCCUCCGGUUCAACAUGGAGGAGGUGGAGUCGGCGACGCAGUACUUCUCGGAGCUGAGUCUCCUGGGAAAGAAAAAUUCCAAGUCCAAGGGUGGCGCCGGAAGCAGCUUCGCGGCCACGUACAGGGGCACGCUGCGCGACGGCACGCCCGUCGUGGUCACCCGGCUGGGCAAGACCUGCUGCAAGCAGGAGGAGGCGGAGUUCCUCAAGGGCCUCAAGCUGCUCGCCGAGCUCCAGCACGACAACAUCGUGGGGCUGAGAGGGUUCUGCUGCUCCAGGGCCAGGGGAGAGUGCUUCCUGGUGCACGACUUCGUGCCCAACGGGAGCCUGUCACACUUCUUGGACGUUGCAGGAGAAGACGGCGGCGGCGGUGCUCUCGGCCAUGGCGGGCGCGUCCUUGAAUGGUCCACGAGGGUGUCCAUCAUCAAGGGCAUUGCUAAAGUUGUUACUCAAAUUGUUCUAGCUUUUGCAGAAGCAAGGUUACGUAUCGAUGUUUACUUCACAGGAAUUGGAUAUCUGCACAGUACUAGAGCAAACAAGCCCCCUCUGGUUCACCAAAACAUAUCGGCGGACAAAGUUCUGGUGGAUUACACCUACAAGCCCCUGAUUUCUGGUUCCGGCCUGCACAAGCUCCUUGUGGACGACCUGGUCUUCUCGACCCUCAAGGCUAGCGCCGCCAUGGGGUACCUUGCCCCUGAGUACACCACCGUCGGCCGGUUCUCGGAGAAGAGCGAUGUUUAUGCUUUCGGGGUAAUUGUGUUUCAGAUACUGGCGGGUAAAAGUAAAACGAUGCAGCUGCCCUUCGAGUCAGGAAACGUCCAUGACCUCAUCGAUGGCAACAUGAAAGGAUGUUACUCGGCAACCGAAGCGGCUAAACUGGCAAAGAUUGCAUUGGUCUGCACCAGUGAAAACCCUGAGCAAAGACCCAACAUGGAAGAGCUGCUUCAAGAAUUGGACACCUUGUGAUGGAUGGGCAUACAAUGUGAUAACUUUUUUUUGCCUUGGCUGGAAUUUAGGAGUACUUAUCUAGGGUCACUAAUCGCUGAUCUUAGAAGCAAAUGAGGUACUGAUUAAUUUAAUUUUCUUUCGAAAUGAGGUAGCAAUGAAAUACUUAGGAUCAAUGCUGAGAUCUUGUAUUAUGCUAAUGUUGUACUGUUACUGUUGCUGAGUAAAGGCUGCAUUGGUAGAUGCAUCGGAUGCGAUAUUCUCUGUUGCAUGAAUGCAGCCAUUUGUUGCAACUCCUUUUGCUCGGCCCUUGUUUUCUUCA